UCUCCUGUGAUACGUAAAAGUAAUUUUUCUUUUCAAAAUACAUGAUAUUGUUGUGAUAAAGAUUCUUGUGCCUCUUAUUUACUUUUCUUUUCUUCUGCAUUAAGUUAGUUCUAACUGCCCUAAAGUUCUUGUCUUCUCCUGCUUCGUUCUCAGCCGUUCCGACUGUUCCGACGUUCCUAUUUUUCAGGCCUCUGAUCUUAGAUUUCCGGUAUCCCUUGACACCUCAGAUGCAAGCGCGGCAGAUUUUGUCCCUGAUCGACCGGUUGAUCACAACAAGACUGGCGUGCAGAGCAGGCGUAAUUUUAACGAUCAGGCAGCUUACUGUCGGAUUUUAAACAUUUUAGCCAGUGUCAUCAACUGAUCAACAUGUCUGAUGAGGUGGUGAAGAGGCCCGAUGAAGAAAAGUGCGACACAAACGCAGAAGAAAGCCCAAGGAUACAAGCCGUUGAAGAUGGCGGCGAGUCAACAGAGCCGAAAAAAAAAUUUUCAGUUCUGAAGGUGAAAUUUGGACCAGAACCUUCUGGAGACACUAACGGAGAAGACUCGAAUGAAUCUCCUCCACCAUCCAGUCCGAUCAAAAGCCCGCAAACCCCUGAUAUGUACACUACCAACGAAGCCAUUCCCAUGACUAUCUUUUAUCGCAGUCAGCACUCCCACGGACAGGGUGGAAAACAACGGCCUACACUGCAGCAGCUACGUAAAGGCCUAGAAAAUGACAAGGCAGAAUUUACAGAGGAACCUGCCCCUCUGGAUGAUAGCAAAUUAGAGGAUGGCCAGGAUUCUAUAGAAAUAAGAAAUGCAAAGAGUGCACCAAAGUUUGGUUGGAUCAAAGGCGUGCUUUUUGGCUGUCUCCUCAACAUUUGGGGUGUGAUGCUUUAUUUACGACUCUCCUGGGUAGUGGGACAAGCUGGGAUAGCCUUGGCUUCUGUCAUUGUAAUUUUGUCUGCAGUGGUAACUACAAUGACAACAUUAUCAUUGUCCGCAGUUUGUACCAAUGGUGAAGUCAAAGGAGGUGGUGCUUAUUAUCUCAUCUCCCGCAGUCUAGGACCUGAGUUUGGAGGUUCCAUUGGGAUAAUCUUCUCAGUGGCUAGUGCUGUGGCAACAGCAAUGUAUGUGGUUGGUUUUGCAGAAACAGUGCGCGAUAUUCUCAGAGACAACGGCUCCCUUAUGGUAGAUGAGUCCAAUGACAUUCGUAUUGUAGGCCUCAUAACUGUUGUCAUUUUGCUCGGCAUCACCAUGAUUGGGUUGGAAUGGGUCGUACGUGCACAAAUGUUACUACUUAUAGUGCUAGUUAUUUCCAUUCUUAAUGUGCUGAUUGGAACUUUCAUUGGACCACAGUCUGUCGAAAGCCGAAGUAGAGGUUUUGUUGGGUACCAAAAGGAAAUGUUUGAGACCAACUUUGCACCCGGUUACAAAGGCGAGAGUUUCUUUUCUGUCUUUUCAGUGUUCUUUCCUGCUGCAACAGGGAUUUUAGCUGGGGUGAAUAUAUCUGGUGAUCUCAAAGAUGUGCACAAGGCUGUUCCCAAGGGAACCUUGCUGGCUAUUUUAAUCAGCACCCUUGUGUACAUCAUGCUGGCCUGGUUUGUUGGUGGAUGUGUCGAGAGGGAAGCCCUGGGGUUUGUGCAGGAGGUUUUGCAAAAUACAACAAAUGAGACUUUGGCUUCUUGUUUAGAACAGGAGUGUAAAUAUGGGCUUCUAAAUAAUUUUCAGGUUAUGGAGGAGGUGUCCGGUUGGGGUCCAAUUGUAACAGCGGGAAUCUUUGCAUCCACUUUGUCCUCUGCACUUGCGAGUCUUGUUGGAGCACCUAAAGCAUUCCAGGCAGUUUGCAAAGACCAGCUUUUUCCUUACAUAGAUUUCUUUGGCGUUGGUUAUGGACCUGGCAAUGAACCUCGAAGGGGCUACAUUUUGGCUUUCUUUGUGGCGGCAGCGUUUAUCGCCAUCGGAGAUCUAAACGUGAUUGCCCCUAUCAUUUCCAACUUUUUUCUCAUUGUUUACGCCCUCAUCAACUACGCCGUGUUUGCUGCCUCGUUGUCGCGUUCUCCGGGAUGGCGGCCCUCUUUUAAAUACUACAACAUGUGGGUGUCGCUGUUAGGGGCUAUGCUGUGUAUCGCUAUGAUGUUCCUUAUCAACUGGUGGGCCGCACUGUUGACAAUUUUCAUUGUGCUGAUGUUGUACAAAUAUGUCGACUUUACCAAACCUAAGGUGAAUUGGGGAUCAUCUGCGCAAGCGUACACUUUUGUGCAGGCAUUGCGCUACACUCGCCGGUUGGAUGGAAUCGGUCAUCACGUGAAAAACUUCCGUCCACAUUGUUUAGUGCUAACAGGGCAUCCACAGGACCGACCCAACCUGACAUACGUGGUGUCUCAGAUCACUAAAAACGUCAGUCUUAUGGUGUACGGUAAUGUGGUUAUUAAGGAACAUUUUGAAACGCUCCCUGAAGACGAAUCGGAUGCUAAGUGGAUGAGAGAACACAAGAUGAAAGCUUUCCGCGCUGUGACCACAGCGCGCAGUCUCCGCGAGGGUGUGCAGUCCAUGAUUCACCUCACCGGACUGGGAAAGAUGCGGCCAAACACUGUUGUCAUGGGCUUCAAAAAGAACUGGACAGAUAAGAGGUACUUAAGUGAGGUAGUCGACUACCUUGGCGUUAUUAACGACGUCUUCGAGCACAGAUAUGGGCUGGUCAUUCUUCGAAUGAAUGACGAACAGAAGAAAAAAUUCAUCGUUGAGACGGUGGAUGAAAGCUCCUCGUCGGAUUCAGACUCGAUUAUAGACGAAGACGAGUAUUCUAAGCCCAAAAGUUUUUCUGUUGCGAAAAGGUCAACGAAAGAAGAGAGGGAAAGUCUUACCAGCCCUGAUAAGACGUCUGAGCCAACUUCCGAGUCUUCUCCGACACCAGAGGUCAAGAUCGCUUUGAAAGAGAAACAAAGUGGAACAAUCGAUGUCUGGUGGUUGUACGAUGACGGUGGGCUGACAGUUUUGUUGCCUUACCUACUGACACUUCACCGCGCCUGGAAGAAAUGCAAAUUGAGGUUUUUCUCGGCUAACAUUCGUUCCAAGCACGAGGUGAAUCCGCAAGGGUUGCGCAUGGCAAACUUGUUGAAGAAGUUCCGCUUUGACGCUAGCUGCGUCGAGCAAGUUGAAGUCAACGAGCCGCCCUCGAAGGAGAGUAUCGAUGCUUUCAGACGUCUGCCAGUUAAAGAGGAGCUCGGAGAAGAGCCUAUCAAAGACCAGAAAGUUCUAAGAACGAUUCGCAUCGGAGAACUCGUGCGGAAGCACUGCUCAGCGGACACAAGGUUGGUUGUAAUCUCCAUCCCAGUCCCCGUCACGGACGUCACAACCCCUCUGAUGUAUAUGAGUUGGCUUGAGGUGAUGUCCGCUGACCUACCGCCGGUGCUGCUCGUACGUGGCAAUCAGACCAAUGUGUUGACAUUCUAUUCUUAGUCAAGACUUAAAUUUUUGGUCAUAGACCUUUGUACAUAGUGUCCUGUAAAGGCGUUUAUGUUUCUUUUGAUGGUUUGACGAACACUGCUCAUAGCAAUAACUACUUGUGGUAGAACAAAGAAAGCGAAAGUGAUACGAAGAAUCUUAUCCCUUUCAAGGAAUUUUGCUAUGAGUGAACUGAUUAAACUAAAGUUCGGUUUGUGAGACUUGAACGUAAUUUCUUCCAUGAUUCAACUAUGUCAUAGCUUCCACCGUUGUGUCAAAAACACUUUCAAAAUUGUAUCCUAAUGGCUUUAGCAUCUGAACAGUUUACGUCGUAGAAGUUAAUUUGUGCAAACGUCUUACCUGCGUUCCAUAUUUAGGAUCAUUUGGAACUGUUGAGAAGAAAUAUUUUAGGGGGACCCCUCUCAUGAAACACCUUCAAGUCGUCAUGGGGUAUUUUUUGUUUUUUGUUUAAGGGCACAGAUAAGUGGUCGCAUUAGCAAGGUGUUAUAAUACCUUUUGGUUAGGAAUUUCUAAAAUAUUUUGAAAAACACCAAGAUUGGUUUGUCUGUCACGAUUUUUGGAUGAAAUCACCAUUUCAUACAAAACACCGGAGUUUUACACGUAAAUAACAAAAUGCACUCGCGUCCAUGCGAUUUCUCAUACGUACUGGAAUAUAAUGCUUAAAGUUGAAACAAUUUGAAAAAUAAUCAGUUAUUAGUCAAGAAGUAAACUCUAGGUGAAUCGCCAUUAAUUUCAAGCAUCGCUUUAUCACUUCGUACACGUUGUCCAGAAGAUAUCAGAGGCACUCGGUGAUAAUCAUGACAGUGUACUGAUAAUUAGUAACGUAUCGCAAGUUGUCCCACUCAAAACCACGUCCAAGUGAUGUUGAUGAAGGGAAUGUCACGUGGUUGUCCCAGUGUAAAAGACAUUUUCCGAUAGGGUAAAAUGAUAUACAAAUAUUUUAAGCCUGUGUCGAGGCUUUGUAUUAAUUAAGCGAUUUCUUCUGCCAUAACAAUUGGCACCACGUAAUAUAUUUUAGCAGUAAAAAUUAAACAAGGAAAUUAAACUUGAUUUAGCAAA